AUGGGUUACACCAAACCCCAGGAACCUAGGCCCAGGAAAAAAGUGGAGAGAAAGCCGUUUGUUGAAAAAGGAAAAAAACCAAGUUGCACUGAAUCUGAAGUGGAAGCCAUCGCUACAGAAAUUACAGAGCAAAAAGACCAGGAAAUUGUAAGUGCACCUUCCACUUCAUUUCAACCAGAUGAUGAGGCAGUUCAAGGGGACCAUGUUUAUUUGGGUUCGGAAGAGAGAGGCCAUUGUGAAGCAUGUAUAGAUAAAAGCACAGUGAUUCGCUCACUUUCAAAGAAAAUUGCAGCUCUGACAAAAGAAAACAAAAAACUUAAAAUGAUACGUCAAAAGCCAGUGGGGAGUAGGCAGCCUUUCGGUGUUCAUGACAUAAAAACAGAUAAGAAAAUGAAUUUUUAUACUGGACUGCCAACAAUCCUUAUCUUCAAUGCUAUUUUUUCAAUGUUGCGACCAUAUCUUCCAAAGUUGAAGUACUGGCGUGGUCAAAGGACAGCAGACAAGGUCAAAAGGAGAUUUAUUUCUUCACCAAUGAAGCAACUAUCCCACAAAAAUGAGUUUUUGAUGGUGCUAAUGCGGCUUAGGCUUGGGUUGCUUAAUGAAGAUGUUGCUGAUCGUUUUGGUGUUUCCUCAGCAAUAGCCUCAAACACAUUUGCAACUUGGAUCAAGCUGCUUAGAAAACUUCUAGGACAUUGUAUGGUUGCAUGGCUUCCAAGGGAAACUAUACAAGAGCACAUGCCCAAUGUUUUCAAGAAGGCUGGACAUUCAAAAGUUCGUGCAAUUAUUGACUGCUCAGAAAUCUUCAUUGAGAGACCUAAAUCCCUUUUUGCACAAGCCAUCACCUGGUCAGACUACAAGAGUCAUAACACAGUCAAGUUUUUAGUUGGGAUAUCUCCAACUGGGUAUAUAACAUUUUUGUCUGACUGUUAUGGUGGAAGAGCCAGUGAUAAAUUCAUUUGUAAAGAUAGUGGUUUCUUUGACCUGCUGGAGCCUUCUGAUGAAAUAAUGGCAGACAGAGGUUUCCAGAUAAGAGAAGACCUUUUUUUAAGACACUGCUCUCUAAGUGUUCCACCGGGUGCAAGGAUGAAAGCUCAAAUGACAAGAACUGAAUGUGAAACAACAAAGGACAUAGCUAACUUGAGGAUUCAUGUGGAGCGUGCUAUAAAUCGCAUGAAAACAUUUAGAAUUUUGAGGUCAAACUUGCCAAUUACCAUGCUUCAACAUGCAGAUGACAUCAUUUUUACAUGUGCAGCCUUGUGCAAUUUAAAACGGCCAUUGAUAAACUGGAAAACCAAAUGA